CUCAAACUAUCAUGUGACACACUAUUGAACAACUGGGCCAUCAAUGGCUGAAUUCAACCUCGUUGGUACAGGGUCUCAAAAGGAGACAUUCGAUGUUUACAUCCCCGAAGCUACAGAUACCGCGCACAAGAAUAGUAUCAAAUUUUACGAAACUUACAUAGAAAAAUAUCUCCUUAAGUUUUUACGUGAAAACGGCAUUUCGUACACGUAUCCCCCUGAAAACUUCCCAGUUGGAGGAAUCACUCUAAGACACAUAGAGAAUGCUAUCCAAAACAGCAAAUUUGUCCUCGUUCCAAUUUGCAACGCCAUAUGCACUGACUAUUAUGAUACAAUAUUUCAACCUGAUUUGUGCCCCGAAAAAUACAUCUGCAUUGCAAUCGAAGAAGGGUCUUCUGCAAUUCUUGUCGCAUUUCGUAAGUUUCAAAUAUUGGAUUUAAAAAAGACAUCCGGAAAACGAAUCAAGGAAAACGAACAACGAUUAUUGCGGACUCUUAGGGGACCAGCUCCACCGACACUAGCUGUUUCAGAGGCAUCGCAGACAGUGGAAAGAAGAUGCGAAGCGGAGGGGAGCAUUUCAACACUUUCUACUGCCCGUAUGGAUGUCCCAAGCGUUGAGCACUGUGCCAGUGAAUCCGAAUGUGUUUCAAAUUAUGCUGAUGACGUUACAACGGGAUAUGUGUCAGAGAAAAAACAAGCCAAAUGGACGACACCUAUUUUUUCUGAAACGACCAGCACUGUAGACACGUUCGAUUCCUUUCGAUUGGAAAACAGUAUUCAGCUUUCUCAAGCAAAUUGGAGCACUGAGAUUGUCUUAGAAGAAGAAACGCCCUUUAAAGAUUUUUUGAUGCCAACGCAGUCGAAUUCAUUCAGCACUGACAGAUACUGGAUCAAAAACGAAGUAAUGUGCCUUACCGAACCUUCUUGUAUGGGUAUGGCGCCAAGUGAGUAUCUAAAACAUUUAAAAAAAGGCCAAGUUGGAAAUCCAGACGCUCGUUUUCUCCUGCAAUAUGUCAUACCUAAGGCAACAGAAAGCAGAGGUUUUUUGAGUCUAACAUACCUAUUCGCCUACAUUAAGGACGAGCAGAUACAACUGUUUGCACUGGAAUCGCUUAAUUCUUUACUGAAAACAUACAACAAGAUCACCUCUGAAAAAUUUUCAAAAACUUUGCUGGAAAUAGAAAAAAUUAUGCGACAACCCAUUCAAGAGUGCAAAAUGUUCAGCAGCAUCCCUUUGACAGAGAAACUGCUUUUAACAUACACGCGGAUUAUCACCAUGAUGUAUUUUUUGUAUAUGGGUGAUUUUGUUAAUUUGAAAAGUCAUGAGGUGAUGCCAGUGGAAAAUGUGAAUUACUUUGUAAACAACAAUAGUUCAAAGUUCCCUACAUCGGCACAAUACAAACUUGCCAACUUGCAAAAGUUGUCUUGUAAGUGCCUUCAAAGACUGCUCCAAACCACCAAGUUAAGAAGACGCUGGAAGCGACAACGAACGGACGAGUACCGCCAGACACUACGCAGAGUUGUAACACUAUGCAGCGGAGAUGCCAAAGACCACAAGGAGCUUCAAAGAGUGAUUGGGGGCACCAGUUGGAUAAAUGGGACUGCCAGACACGGCUGGCUUGAAAAGCACAUAAUAUUGCAUUAUAUUGCUCUCAAGGUGUCGGAAAACCCAGACCUGUACUCUGUCGUGGAAAGCAUCGUGAAAAACCACAUGUCUAAAGCCAAUAUGUCCGAUCUUGAUGCUGCCUCUUGGAUCAUGCUAUAUGAGCGCAUGCAGACAAACUCCACGUCAACUGUGUUACAUCCAGUUACCGACGGUCUCGUCAAUUUGCUGCGAUAUCUUAACAAACAGGCCGGCGUUCGAUCAAAUCUUCGACAAGUGUUGUUAGACAACGCAGCUAAAUUGCUAUUUCAUGAAGAUUCGUCUCUCAGAGAAAGUGCUAUGAAGCACGUAUUUGGGUUGGACACCAGAGGGCACGUGAGACCUGAUGUCAUGCCCGACAUGCAAGCUCAGGUGAGGGAAUAUAUCAUGUCACUACACCAGCACCUUGGGUUGGAGGUAGAUAGAUAUCAAACUCAACUCAGCAGGCACACGGGAGAGAGCUGUAGCACCAGAUGGAAAGGAAAGUUUGCCAAAACUGCUGUUUUUGUAUCCCUGAAAGCAUGGCUGCCACAGGAUUUGGAUUCACUAGGCACCAGGCUUGACGUCGCUAAAGAACAGCUCUCCAAAGAAAUCGAAGUUCUUAAAACUUUAUCUUGUUCACCAGAAUGCCGCUCCGUUGCCAGAUUGCUAGGGUACCACGAUUUGUCGUUCCCACUGUUCUACAUUUUAGAAAGUACCAGAUCAGACCAGACCUUGUCUCAAUGGCUGCUUUACAGGGACCAAAGAAUGAGGGCACCGCUUUCGCUUUUUCAGCUACUCACAGGACCAGUGAAGGAUGUACUCUGUGCGGUUCAGUUCUGCGAAGACCAUGCGAUCGUACUACGAGAUAUAACGGCUAGUAACUUCUUACUGGAUGAAAGCAGUGCUAGUCACAUAAGGUGUAUUUUGUUUGGUUUUGACUUAGCGAGAGUGAUGAAAUCAACCACCACAAACAAAUCCAUGGAUAAUUUGGACACACUUGCCAGUGACACCAGUGGUCUUGUCUAUUAUGGUUCCAAAGGGACGCAGGUUGCCAAACUUUGGACAGCGCCAGAAUCUUUCCUGCACAAUGUGUACACUAUGAAAUCUGACAUGUACAUGACAGGGCACACUCUGAUUGAGGUUAUGACUCAUGGCCGGUUUCCUUACAAUGAACUGACCACACUCAAGGCCGACGACAAAAUAUUCCAGGUGUUGCGUUAUGGACUAACACCUACUCACCCACCUUGUAUACCACAGAUCAUCUUCGUACCGCUGUUGAAAUGUUUCCUGACGACUCCAGAGAACCGUCCAAAGAUAGACGAUUUGCAAGAGAUGUUCAGAGAUUUUCUUUCGCGAAGAAAACAAGACGGUGUGAAAUAUCGAGACGAGCCACCCCCGACCCUUGACCCGUAUCAGCCUCAAUUUCCAGAGAAGGGUUUUCCCAAAUUCCUCCUCAAUGUGAAGAACUUUGAAGAUCUCAACCAGUUUUCGAGCCACGAAAGCCAGGAAAACGUGUACUAUAAUUUUGCCGCGGAAUACAAAUGCACACCCGAUGAACUUGCUGGCAGAGAUACGCCAAUCAUUGUGGAAACCCCACGGGGUAAAGUGGUGCACGUUUCCAAUAUGCCAAUGUGCAUGUAUUUGAGAUAUUUGUCACAAUUAUCAUUUAUUCACAUAUCACAGGAAUACAAAUGCACACCCGAUGAACUUGCUGGCAGAGAUACGCCAAUCAUUGUGGAAACCCCACGGGGUAAAGUGUGGACUUCUUCACUAAUAAAGGAAUUCAAUGGUGCCGAGGAAACUGCCCUGUGCAACUUGCGACAUGAAAGUAUUGUCCAGUUCCUUGGGUUUGUGUACAGUGAAAACGAGAGACACAUGGAAAUGGAAUUCACAGCAGAACGGUCUCUCCUGGACUACUGUCAUAAAACAAAACCAAGUACAGAGAAGACAAUACUUCAUAUUCAGCAAGUAGCAAGAGGAAUGCGCUACCUACAUGAAAACCGGCUUGUGCACUGUGCAUUACAGGCCUCAACGAUAUACAUGACCAACGUGUAUAGAAAUGUGAAAAUUGGCAACUUGUCAAGAACAACGCUCCUGGUAGAAAACCCAUAUCAUGAUGACAUUACUUCUGUCUCUGUGAAAGUGUUCCUGGGAGAAGUUAGAAAUUUGAGCCGAUGGUUACCUCGAGAAGUGAAUGACAACUCGUAUUAUUCGAUGAGGUCCGACGUCUAUAUGUUUGCCGUUGUGAUAUGGGAGGUGUUCAAUGCUCGCGCUGUGUCAGCAGACAUAUCUCCUUUGGCUUUGGUUCCAUAUGCCCACAUUCCAAUAGAUAAGCUCUCAGGUAUACACAGCUGUAGAAGAACACUUCAACAGCCCGAAGACUGCCCAGAAUGGGUGUAUUCCCUUAUCAAAAAGUGCACUUCAGAUCCUGCAUUUCGCCGACCACUGUUUCCGCAAAUCUGUAGAUGCUUGGAAUCCGAAAACCCAGAGGAAGAUCCAUUGAACAUUGUGUUGAGGCGUCGUUUAGGUGGCCCAGUCAACGAGACGCCAAGCGCCAGUGACAGUGAUACGCCUAUUGCUCUGCCAUUAAAUGGUGAUCAAGCUGCAAGGAAAGAACCCACGAUUGCAGAUACUAUUGAACAGACCGAAGAGAUGCGAAAUUACUACGACAUCGUGAAUGACUAUCUAGACCAGGAAGACCAUGCUAUCUAUAGCUUUUAUGAAGUUGGAACGUUAGAUGACCAAGAAAGGAGAAAAUCUAAUUAUAUUGAAAAGCCGUUUUACGAAAACCAAAUAUUUCAUUUACCCAGAACAAAGUUGGCAAAUGAGGCAUUUAUGCCAGUCAGUUCCGAGUACGCCGAAUUUAUAGAUACGGCAAAGAUGGUUAGAAAGUCGCCACGUUUUAUCCAACUAAGAAAAAUGCAAAGAAAAGGAUGACCAACGUUGUUUGGAAGAGAAGUUCGAGGGACAAGGAAAGGUCGCCAGAUUCAAUCAAUGAAGAGCUUUAUGAUGAAGCAACGUAUACCUGCCCUGGUUACUAUGGCAAUCUCGGUGAAGGUAGCUUGCUUGCUUGGUCUAGCGAAGAAAUCUAUGAAGAACUGGGUGAAGUAAACAUUUACGAGAGGCCUUCAUGUAGCAAUCAGGGACUGCCUAUUGCUCCCAUACCCUCUACCAGGGCCGCGGUUCCCCCACUAAAUGGUGAACAAACCGCAUUGAAAGAACUCGCAGUUACAGACACCUUUCAACAAACCGCUGAGCUAACGUUGCCGAAAGAAGAAUAUGGUCACUGCCAUAUAGCAUAUGACAGCGAAAACAGCGGCAAUUAUGAUGACGUUGUCUAGCUACAGCUGUAGCAAAAGCAGACAGUUUUGAUAAUAUGCACCCUUUUUCUAAGCAAUGAUGCCCAUGGUCAGACCUCUUUUUUGACCACGUGUUUAAUUUCCAAGUCGCCUUGGUUAAACGUAUCAGUUACUUUGACCGUUUCCCCAAUUUAUUUAGGGGUGGAAAGGAGUAAGCGUCAGGCACCCCAAGAUUCAAAGAGCAGUGAAAGAGUACUGGAAUCUAACCUUCAGUCUAUAUGCCUCUGCGCCAAUCUAACGGUCAAUUUACAGUAAUCUAAAAACUUGGGUAGGUUUACCCUCUACCACUGAUCAAUUUUUUCACUAUACAACAUUGGUCAAAAAGGUUGUCCCACCCCCAUUUCCAUGUACUUAUAUUUACAAAUGAUCACCUUACAGCUGUAAAUUGUUAGAAAUAGUGUCUAACAUGAUUAAUUGAGAUUUUUUUUACCAAUGCUGUAUAUGCACAGAUAUCUCUCUAGCUUAUUCUUUACACUAUUAUCUGUUCAGUGAGAAUUUUGAUAUAGAAUUAACAUCAACACUCAGCUAAUCUCUCUUAUAGAGCAUACAUGGGUGGGUUUAAGAGAUGUGGCCUUUUUGUUUUUAGCUGAAGUAUUAGCUAUAUGCUGGAGUGGUAUUGACUGCAUGGGUAUCUUUUUUAUCUUCCCAAAUUCUUCACAAAAUUCCAAUUAAGCUGGGGUAUUUGCAACUGAAUUAAAUUCCCCUAAGAGUUUAAUCCUACCCCACACAAUUUUGGAAGGUAAGACACUUUUGUAUAGGCCUGCAUAUAAUAUUUUACACAUUAAACAAAGGCUUAUUAAUUAUAUGAGAACACUUAUUUGUGGUUUAUUUAUCUAUAGAGCAUUCCUUGUUUAACUCACUUAUACCUGUUUAUUAAUAUAUCAGUAUUAUUAUUACUAGUCAUUCUCUGUUUUAAUCUCAUCUCUGUAAUCAAAAUCUAUCAAUUUCAUAAGUUUGGUCGACCCUUUUGUGCCAGGAAUUGUUGACCUACCUGGCUGUAAAUGUUACACAUUUGAUGUAGAAGAAAAGGAAUUUUGUAAAACUGUUUAUGCCCUUUUCUUUAAAAGUUACUCUUUUUUUAUUAAGAAGAAUGUUGUUGGAUAAAAAGGCAAAAUCUACAAAUUAAUCAUUUUCUUUAUCCUAUAAAAUGACCACUGACAAACCAAUAAAUUUCUUUCAAACAUAUAACAGUACAAAAUAUUUUAAUUAGACUUUGAUCAUUUAAAACAGUAGAAAAUCAGCAAAUGAGUGCAUGAUCAUAUAUGUCCACAUCUGCCUUAGUUCACAUGUAUAUAGAUACAGGAGGAUAAUGUAUGGUGCAUAGAUGUUAUAACCCCACAAUGUAACUCGUAUAACAUAUGGCAUAUAUAUUAGCACUAUAACAGCAUCUAAUAUAAUACAAUAGUUUAGUAUACCUUGUUAGAGUAUCUAUAGAUAAUUUCACUACCCCAAUACAUAGUCAAUAAAAUGUAAUUUAAAGAAUGUGAUCAAUUGUUUACUGAGACUAAUUGGGAACCGAGUCUUCUUUCUUCCUGAUUGUGCAUAUACCAUUUUACUCUCUCUCUCUCGCUCUCUCACACACACACACACACACACA